AUGGCCAAGAGGAGUGGCAUCUUUAUUUUGGGGAUCCUGCUAUCCAUGCCCAGCUGCCUUGCCUUCUAUGAGGACCUUGACAAGUGUUUCCAGGACCCGGAUUAUAACACCUUCCUUCUCACAGCCCAGAAUGGGCUCCAUACCUCCCCACUGCCCAAGAGAGUGGUGGUAGUGGGAGCUGGCAUAGCAGGCCUUGUGGCGGCUAAGACCCUACAGGAUGCUGGUCACAAGGUAACCAUCUUGGAGGCCAGCGACUACAUCGGAGGUCGGAUACUCACAGUCAGAAACAAGAAGGAAGGCUGGUACAUUGAUUUAGGACCGAUGCGAAUCCCAGAAAGCCACAAGCUAAUCCACACCUAUGUCAAGAAGCUUGGUCUGAAGCUGAAUAAGUUCAUCCAGUAUGAUAACAACACCUGGUACCUACUCAAUGGGCGGCGUUAUCGUGCCUGGGAAGUCAAGGCUAACCCCGGGAUCUUGGGCUACCCCACGAGCCCCACAGAGAAGAGCAAAACUGCCCAAUACCUCUUCCAACAAGCCAUCACUAAGAUCAAACAACGUAUGAAGACAUUGAACUGCAGCCAACUGAUGUCCAUUUGUGACUCUUACUCCACCAAGGCUUAUCUGACGAAGGAAGGAAUGCUGAGCAAAGGAGCUAUCGAGAUGAUUGGGGACAUGAUGAACGAGAACGCUGGAUACUACAAGUCCCUCCUGGAGUCCCUGAGGAUGGCUAGCAUCUUCUCCAGAAAUGAUGAAUUUUCAGAGAUCGUCGGUGGCUUUGACCAACUCCCCCAUGGCAUCAGUGCCAGCCUGAAGCCUGGCACCAUCCAUUUGAGGUCCAGAGUAGAAACAGUGGUGAGACACGGGCCUAAGGUUGAGGUUUUGUACCGCACUGAUGGCCCCACCUCCCCGCUGCACAAACUCACUGCUGACUUUAUCAUCAACUCAGCCUCAGCCAAGGCCACAAGGCUCAUCAGCUUCCAGCCACCCCUGUCCUCAGACAAAACACAUGCCCUGCGCUCCGUGCAUUAUACCAGUGCCACCAAGGUGGCUUUGGUGUGCAACAAACGCUUCUGGGAACAGGAUGGCAUCCAGGGCGGCCACUCCAUCACAGACCGGCCCUCACGCUACAUUUACUAUCCCAGCCACAGACUGCCAGGUGGCAAGGGCGUCCUGCUGGCCUCUUACACUGUGGACGAUGAUUCCCUCUUCUUUGCUGCCAUGAAGCCCAGCCAGGUGGUGAAUAUUAUCCUGGAUGACCUGGCUGCAGUGCACCACAUACCCAAGGAGGAGCUAAAGCACAUGUGCCCAAAAUCAGUGGUCAAGCGUUGGUCUCUAGACCCCCUCGUCAUUGGUGCCUUUACUGAGUUCACACCCUACCAAUUUGUGGACUAUUCAAAGAAGCUCUUCCAGCCAGAGGGCCGCAUCCACUUUGCUGGAGAGCAUACCAGCCUGCCCCAUGGCUGGAUAGACACUGCCAUCAAGUCUGGCAUCCGGGCUGCCAAGAACAUUCAGGCCAUGGUGGACAAGGAGGUUACUCAGGGACAGAGGCCUCUCUAG